CUUUUCUCAAAUGAGUGGUCAGCAGAAUAUACAAUUUACAACUUUCUAAUUAACAAAGCUCGUUCCUCUCUUUUCAGAACAAGGUAGCACCAUGUCUCAUCGAAAGUUUGAGGCGCCUCGCCACGGUUCAAUUGGUUUCUUACCCAGAAAAAGAUGCAAGCGACAUAAUGGUAAAAUUAAGUCCUUUCCAAAGGACGAUCAAAGUCAACCAUGUCAUUUAACUGGUUUUAUUGGCUUUAAAGCUGGUAUGACCCAUAUCGUUCGUGAAGUUGAUCGUCAUGGUUCAAAAGUUCACAAAAAGGAGGUUGUUGAAGCAGUCACCAUUCUUGAAACUCCUCCAAUUGUAGUUGUUGGUAUCGUCGGAUAUGUAGAAACUCCACGAGGUCAUCGACAGCUUACCAGUGUGUGGGCUGAACAUCUUAGUGAAGAAUGCCGCAGACGAUUUUACAAAAAUUGGUAUAAAUCUAAAAGAAAGGCUUUUGCUAAAGCAAGUAAAAAAUGGUCUGAUGAAGAUGGGAAAAAAAGCAUUGAACGUGAUCUCGAGAAAAUGAAGAAAUACUGCAAAGUUAUUCGAGUUCUUGUCCACACUCAACAAAAACUUCUCCAUCUAAAACAGAAGAAAGCUCAUAUCAUGGAACUUCAAGUCAAUGGCGGAUCAGUUUCUGACAAAGUUGAUUGGGCCAAAGAUCACUUAGAAAAAACAUUAUCUAUUGGAGGUGUUUUUGCACAAGAUGAAAUGAUUGAUGUAAUCGGUGUCACUAAAGGAAAGGGAUUCAAAGGUGUGACCUACAGAUGGGGAACAAAAAAACUUCCUCGAAAAACUCACAAAGGUUUGCGAAAGGUUGCCUGUAUUGGUGCAUGGCAUCCUGCUAGAGUUGGGUUCUCUGUUCCAAGAGCUGGUCAGUGCGGUUACCAUCACCGUGUUGAACGUAACAAGAAGGUUUACAGAAUUGGUCGUGGUAUCCAUACCAAAGACAAUAAAGUUGUCAAAAACAAUGCUUCGACUGAUUAUGAUUUGACAGAAAAGACAAUUACUCCAAUGGGUGGAUUCCCACAUUAUGGAGAAGUGAAUGAAGACUUUAUCAUGAUUAAAGGCUGUGUUCCAGGUCCUAAAAAACGAGUCUUGACAUUAAGAAAGUCAUUGAUUCCACAAACCAGUCGUAAAGCAAUGGAAAAGAUCACCUUGAAAUUUAUUGACACUUCAUCUAAAUUUGGUCAUGGAAGAUUCCAACACGACCAAGAAAAGAAGAGUUUCAUGGGUUUACUCAAAAAAGAUCGACAACCAGAAGCAACAGAGGCAUAAUAUCAAUAUUGUUGUAACAAAUGGUGCUGAAAUAAAUUAUAAAUAGAA